AUGAGCACUAGUUUGUAUCAUUUAGUCUUAUUUGGUUUCUUGGUAUCAACUCACUGUCAAAUCAAGGUAUCAGAAGCCUGCAAAUGUUAAAAUUUAUUGUCUUAAAAUGACUGCUAAUAAAACACGAAAUGUUCAUGGUUGAAUAAGAGCUGUUAAGAGAAGCCAGAAGAGUAAGCGAUUUCGACUAAACCAGAGAGCAUUUAUUGCAAAGGCCGAACUUAAGAGGAUUGUAGUAACAAAAUAGGGUGUGCUUACUACAACUAGAAUUGUAUUCAUUUUAGUGGUUGCACUAGCUAUGUUUAUACUACUCAUAAUGAAUGCUAAUUAAUUAGUACACAAUGUACAAGUGAUGGAAUUCAAUGUAUAAAACCAAGAGAAUGCUUUAAAAAUGAAUAGGAACAAUUGUGUAGUACAGUAAUAAGUUCCUCCGGCUCAAGGAAAUGUGUUUGGGAAGACAAAGUGUGCAGAGAUUAAACAUGUAAUGAAGCAUCUUAGUUGCUGAUUACUGAUGAUGCUUGCGAUUCCUUUAUAAAAGGAUGUGUAACUAAUGGGAGAGGAUGUGUAGACAAAAGGGGGAAUUGUUAUUAUUAUGAUAAAAAUUGUGAUGGUAUGAUUGGGAGUGAUGGCUUAUGUGAAUAAAAAGGUGAUAAAUGCUAAUCUAAGGAUUGUGCAAAUGCCCCAUUGACAUAUUAUGCUGAUCAAUAAUGCUAGUCUUUUAGAAAAGGAUGCAGAACAACAGGUAUUGGAUGUACGGAUUAAGCAUUGAAAUCAUGUAAUACUUAUACAGGGGAUGGAGAAUAGUGUUUGAAAUAUAUAGGGAGUAGUGGUAAGUGUGAAGAAGGAGGUGUGAAAGUGCACCAAAAUAAUAUUCUACAGAUGAAGAAUUGUAAGUCUUAUUCUUCUAAAUGCAAAACUACAGGGAUUGGUUGUGUGGCUAUUCUAUUGAAUUGUAAUUCAUAUACAGGCACUAAAAAUGAAUGUGAAAGAAGAAUAGGAGCAGAUGGGAGAUGCACAGCUUAAAAUACAGAGGAGUCCCAAUAAUGUAAGGCUAGGAUUUGUUCUGAUGGCCAAUUUUCAACAGACAGCGAGUGUGGGUAAUAUCAAUUUAAUUGUAUUUCUAAUGGUGUUGAAUGUACGUCAUUUUUGAUCAGUUGUAAUAAAUAUAAAGGGGAUGCUGAAAAGUGCAAUAAGUACAGAGGAACAGAGGGCAAAUGUAAAAUAGGUGAAAAUGGAUACUGUGCAUUGAAUGUUUGUGAGAAUGCAGAAUUCAAAACAAAUUAAGAGUGCAAGAGUGUUCAGUCUUAUUGUUUGACUAAUGGUACUAAAUGUGUCACGGCUGAUACUUGUCCAAAUACAUAAUAAUAGGUGACUUGUUUGGCAAGUGAUAAAUGUUAGUGGGCAGAAUAAUGUGUGACUAAUGAAUGUAGGUUUUUCCUUACCAAGGGAACAUGUCUUGGACAUUCAUCAAAUGUCGAAUGUUUUUGGGAAGGUUCAGGUUGUGCUGAUAAAAAAUGCAAACAUGCUGGUUAGCAAUAUAGAUCUAAUAAGGAUUGUUAAUUAUUUUUACCCCUAAUGUAUCUUUAAUGGUUAAGGAUGUAAUACGUUGGGGAUGAAGAUACAUGUACUUAUUAUAAGGGUAGUAAUGGUAAAGUGCCAUGUCUUUAUUAUUCAGCGACUUAAAAGUGUCGAUCUAAAAUAUGUUAAGAUAACAAAUCAGCUAGUACUUAAAAAGAGUGUGAUGAUACAAUGGAAGGAUGCAAAUUCACAGGAUCAUAAGGUUGUGUGAAUGAAAAUGCAGAAUGUGGAGAAUUUUAUGGAAAUUCCUAAUAGUGUUAUGCAUUGAAUAGCAAAUGUUCACAAAAUCUUGGAGAAUCAGGGAAAUGUAGACCUCUGGAAUGCUAUGACAAUUCAGUGGCAUUGGAAGAUUACGAAUGUAAUUUGUUUAAAUCUGGAUGUGUAACUAAGGGAUUGGGAUGUAUAGCAUCAACAGCUCCAUGCACGUAAUAUUCAGGAAAUUCAAUAGAUGCUUGCUCUAAAUUUGUUGGAAAUGGAAAGAAAUGUUGGUAUGAUUAAGGAUUUUCAGGUUAAUGUGUGGAUAAAUAAUGCACUCAUAACACUGAUGCAUAGAAUGAUUAGGAAUGUGAUAAGUUCUUGUAUGGGUGUGUAUUCAAUGGGAAGGGAUGUCAAGAUGCAGUUGAGACUUGUAAUACUUAUGAAGGGGAUGAGGAUACAUGUUCUAAAUAUAGGGGAAAUGGAUUACUAUGUGUAAGGAUAGACUAUUGUGAAGAUCGUAAGUGUUCAGAUGUAUAAAACCCUUUGUCAUUGAAAGAAUGCGAGGAAUAUCUAUCUAUUUGUGCUUUUGAUGGUGGAAAAUGCAUUGAAAAACAAGAUAGUUGUGAUUAUUAUUAUGGAUACUCAUAAGAAUAAUGCUAAAUAUUGGUUAAUGUAGAUAGGGACUAAUGCAUCUAUGGUGACAAUGAUUAAUAUUGCACCAAUCGUAAAUGCAAAGAUGCGCAAAAUGUUAAAUCAUAAUAGGAUUGCACAUCUUAUAGAAAAAACUGUAUUUUCAAUGGAGAUGGUAAGUGUGUAGAGUGGGAUAGUUGUUCAAAUUAUAGCGAUUUUUCUGAAUAGGGAUGUCAAGAUGCAAAAGACAAGACAGGAAAGGGUUGUUGGUCUGAUUAGAAUAGGAAAUGUAAGGAUAGAACAUGUUUAGAAGUAUUGAACGAGUAUUCAAAUGAGAUUUGUUAAGCUCAUGAUUCUAGUUGUAUUUUUACUGGAUCUAAGUGUAUUAAGAAGUUGAAUAAUUGUAGUGAUUAUGAUCCUAAAAUUGUGAGUGACAGUGAGUGUAAAUUAAUACCUGGUUGUUGGUGGAGUUCUGAAAAUAAAAAAUGUAAAAUUAGAGAAUGCUCGGAUAAUAUUACAACUCCUUCGGAUGAGAACUGUAGAAGUCAUUUAGAGACAUGCAGAUUUAAUGGUGAUAAAAAGUGCGUUGAUGAAAAAGAUAAAUGCAGUGAUUAUGUUAGUUUUAAUGCAAGUGGUUGUAAGGAAGUCACGAAUAAAAAGAAGGAAAAAUGUUGGUACACGGAAUAAAGUUCGACUUGUGCAGAUCGCAGUUGUUCAGACAAUCUACAAUUCUAUUCAGCAGAGAUAUGUCAGGAGCAUUUGAGUACUUGUAGAUAUAAUGGAUUCAGAUGUUAAGAUGCAAAAGAUACUUGCAUACAAUAUAUUGGAUUUUCUAAGGAAGCAUGUACAGUUGUCACAACAAAAACCAAUUAGUAUUGUUGGUAUCAGGGUUAGAGUUCAAUUUGUGUUAAUGCAUCAUGCGAGAACGAGAUCUAAGAUCCUUCACCAGAAAAUUGUUAAAAACAUUUAGCUACUUGUAGAUUCAAUGGUACGAGAUGUAUUUCAGAAAGGGCGAGUUGCAAUAAUUAUUUAGGAUCUAAUUAGGUUUGUUAGGGAUUGACUGAUGCAAGCAAUAAUUAAUGUUGGUAUAAUAUCAGAAAUACUUCUGGAUUGGACAACAAUUGUAUAUUAAAGGAAUGUUCAAAUCUAUAACAUACUUAUAGUUUAGACAUAUGUGAAAAAUAUAUUGUCAAAACUGUAAAUAACAAGUAGACUCCAAAUUGUACAUAUGAUGGGAUCAAAUGCAUCACUAUUUAGAAUUAUUGCUCACAAUACUUUGGAUUUAGCAGUGAAUAAUGUCUCAAUGUGACUACUCUAAGUGGUGAGACUUGUUUCUAGGAUCCAAACAAUAAUAGUAUGUAAUGUAGAGCCAGAAUAUGCUCGGAUAAUUAGACAGCCUUGAAUGAUCUUCAAUGUGAUCAAUUUUUAAAAGGAUGUGUGACUAGUGGUAGAGGAUGCACAGAUUCAACAUAACCAUGUAACACUUUUAGAGGCACUUAAUCCAGUUGUUUGAGAUUUGUAGGCAAUUAAAAGAAAUGUCGAGGAUAGAAUUUAACUACAAGAUGCUCAGUUAGAGAAUGUUUCCAUGAUUAGCAAUCUACUACAGACAUUGAGUGUAAUUCGUAUUUGGAUGGUUGUGUAACCAAUGGCAAAGGUUGUAUUUCUUCUUUGGAACCCUGCUCAAGUUAUGUUGGAAAUCUUUAAACAUGUUCUAAAUUUAAGGGAAAUGGAAGAUUAUGUUAUUCAGAUAGUCUUGUUGAUAUUCAUGUAUGCAGAGAUAGAUAGUGUUCUGACAAUCUCGAUGCAGUUAAUGAUUCUGAUUGUAAUACAUUCUUGCCAGGUUGUGUGAACAAAGGAAGUGGGUGCAUAGAAGAUACAAAACCAUGCUCUAGUUAUUAUGGAACUCAGGCCUAAUGCAGCAAAUUCAAAGGAGAAAAAGGUACAAAGCCUUGUUGGAAUUUUGCAUCUGCAUCUAACAACACUAGUUGUAUAGAUAGGGAAUGUAGUCAUAUCACAAGGGGUACAAAUACUAUAGAGUGCAAUUCCUUUUUGGAAGGAUGUGUUAGUGAUGGAUUUCAAUGUCUGACCAAACGAAAUUGUUCAUAAUUUUAUGGAACUGUCAAAACCUGUAUGUUGUUUGAUGCUAUUGAUAAACCAUGUAAGGGAGUUGAUGAGACUAUGAAGUAAUGCAAAUAAUUAUAAUGCUUUGAUGCACCAAAUAAUUAUAAUACAGAUGAAAAAUGUAAUCAAUUUAAACCUGGAUGUAAGACUACAGGAUAUGGAUGUAUUGAUAAUAGGACUUGUGAAAUGAUAUCAUCUUCAUAACUAUGUAAAGAAAGACCUGACUGCUAAUUUAUAUAAGGAUGCUUAAAUACCAUUAAGGUGUGUAUGCAAAUCACAAAGUAUUCUUAAUGUUUAAUGAAUUCCAAUAUGAAAUGUAGUUGGGAUUUCUAAACAAAAUCAUGCAGAGAUUGGAUUUGUUCAGAUGCAAGUGUUCUAUUGAAACAACAUGAAGAAUGCUAAGCUUUGAACCAAAAUUGUACAACCACAGGAAAUGGAUGUAUUGAGAUUAGUCAUUGCAACUAAUACUAAAAUAAACUAACAUGUCUCAGUGCUAUCUCCUUGGGAUAUUCUAAAAAAUGCGUUUGGGAACUUGACCAUGCAUAAUGUGUUCAUGAACCCUUUGUUUGUAGAGACAAAGACUGUAAGGAUGCACCUUCUUCAUACAAUGAGGAUCUUUUUUGCUAUGAAAUAUCCCCACAUUGUGUAACUUCAGGAAAAGGUUGUACUUAUAAAGAAUAUUCUUGUGAGGAUCUCUUAACCAAAACUAAGUGUACUCAAGAUUACUAAGGAAAAUCAUGUCUUUGGAUGAAUCUCACCCAAACCUGUGUCACUUUUUCGUAGUGUUCUGAUGUAAAAAAGACUACUCUAUCAGAAUGUCAACAAUAUUCUGAAUAGUGUACUAGCAAUGGGAUUAAUUGUAUCUCAUAUUAAAAAUGCUCUGAAUAUACAAAUUCCACAAGUUGUAAAAAGGGCACAGAUGGUGAAUGUGGAUGGGUCAUUGAAUAACUUAAUUAAGAACCAAAAUGCUAGAUCUUCCAAAUGUGUUCUGAUAUUUUAGGUAGCACCAAAGAGAACUGUUAAUAAUACUCGGAUACCUGUACUUCUGACGGUUAAAAUUGCAUUGAAAUAGGUAAUUGUCAAUCAUAUAAGACUAAAUAUGGUUGCAAUUCAUCAGGAAUAGAUGGCCCUUGCUUUUGGAAUGAAUCUUAAUCCCCUCCUGUUUGUAGACUAUAGUAAUGCGUUGAUAUUCCUCUAGUCCCCUACAUGACUUAUCAAUAUUGUUCCACAUUCAACCCAAAGUUAAAUUGCACUACGAAUACAAUCUAUUGUGUUGAUAAAAAGCUCUGCUCUUCAUAUUCUGAAUAAGAAUGCUAUGAAGGUACUGAUGGUCCUUGUGUAUUUGCCAUCCCCUUAAAGCAAUCCUCAGGUACCAAAUAGUGUCGAGCCAAAGAUUGCACAGAUUACAUCGAGACAACAACUGAAGCCUGCUCUAAAUUAUAAUCUGGCUGCAUUUCUAAUGGUUUCAGUUGUCUUAAUAAACUUAAUUGUUCUGAAUAUACUACUGAAACCUCUUGUGAUUCUGAUGGAAUCGAUGGAAUAUGCGUUUUCGAGGGAUAGAAAUGUUCGAAAAUGACUUAAUGCGAGGAUGCUAAUAACAGUUUAAAGGCUUGUUCCAAGAAAUCCAAAGUAUGUCAUUUUACUUACGAAUAAACUAGUAAUACAAAUAAUGAUACUAAUAAUACAAAAUGCACUAAAAUAGAAUGCAGGAACAGUCCUAAUUGUUCUCCUGUCUUGAGUUUUGAUGAAAGUUAGGUUACUGUAUGUAUUUAGAAAUCUAAAAAUGAGUGUGUUGUAGGACUCCCACAUUAACUUUCAGAGAGUAGAUGUUACAUCAAGAGUCAUUCAACAUAUAGGUGGAAUCCCAGUACUCUUAAAUGUGAAAAGUGCGUGGCAACACAAGUAACUAACGAAACGCCACAUGAAGAUUCAUUUCAAUUAUUAUUUACAUCAAUUAUACUUAUGCUAAUUAUCGUAGCAAUAUGA